CGUGGGGUAUCACACACAAGUUACAAUAAGGAGAGCGAGUGUUGGAACCGCGCGUGGAAGAAAAAGGCGAAGGACGAGAGGCUUCUGUUGGCGAUCCCUGAACAGGGUUCUGCCCGUGCUGAACAUUAAGUCCACGGGAAAGGGUUCUACAGAGAGAGAGAGAGAGAGAGAGAGAGAGAGGGAGGGAGGAAAAAAGACUGGAGACUCCUCACAAGCUUUCACGAUAGAGUUUUAACCAUCUGGUCAUUUUCAACGCGAUAUCUGACAGGCUCUUUUAUACAAUUUCCUUCCUCUCCUCCCUCUCGUUAUUUUCCAGCCGGACUUCCCUCAACAUCUGCGUAUGGAAGUUUCACAAUAAAGGCAGGGAUCGUGGUUCGACUUUGGAAAGGAACAGGCUCUAGACCGGGAUCCUGUGCUUGUUGACAACAGCCGAGGCCCGUCAGCGUCAUUCGCCUCCCGCUCCAGCUGUUUCAGCGGCGUGCAGAGUUUGGAGGCGGCGAGGGCCAUCGCGUCGAGAAGUUGUCCGGCUCUCGGGGGCGGAGGGAGUCGGAAGAGAUGGCCGCUGAGGCUCCCAGGUCCCUGGUUUGCAACCUGGUGAUCGUGGCGCUGGUUCAUUUAGCCCAGACCAGCGGCUGGAACACAAUACCACGCAAGACUGUGAGGCACGAUGCAGUGAAAGAGGUGAAACGCUUCUCAAAGCCCAGGAUCUUCAACUACACCACCCUUCGCCUGGACGAAGACGCACAGGUCCUCUACGUUGGUGCUCGCGAGGCAGUGUUUGCACUUUCAAUGGAGGACAUCACGGUGGAGGUGAAGGAAGCGAUCAUUUGGAAUGCCCCAGUGGAGAAAAAGAAGGAUUGCGUUCAGAAGGGGAAGAACAACCAGACCGACUGUUUCAAUUACAUUCGCUUUCUGCAGAACUUCAAUAGCACUCAUCUGUACACGUGUGGGACCUACGCCUUCCAGCCCAGGUGCACAUAUAUUGACAUGCGAAAUUUUACUUUAAACAAAGCGGCCAUCGAGGGUGGGAAGGGGAAGUGUCCCUACGAUCCCGCGAAAGGACACACGGGCCUGAUUGUGGAUGGCGAACUAUACUCUGCGACAAUGAACGACUUUCUUGGCACAGAGCCAGUUAUUCUGCGGAAUCUGGGGCAUCGCUACUCGAUGAAGACUGAGUACCUCGCUACCUGGCUGAGCGAACCAAAUUUUGUUGGUUCCGCCUACAUCCAGGAAAGCGCGAACAGCGACUUGGGGGACGAUGAUAAGAUCUAUUUCUUCUUCAGUGAGAGAGCUGUAGAGUACGACUGCUACAGGGAGCAGGUGGUGGCGAGGGUUGCCCGGGUCUGUAAGGGUGACCUGGGAGGGGCUCGAACGCUUCAGAAAAAGUGGACCACCUUUCUGAAGGCCCGGUUGCUAUGUUCAGUCCCCGAGCAACAACUGCACUUCAACAAGAUUCAGACGAUCUACAUGUUGAACGAUAGUAGCUGGCAAAACACAGUGUUUUUUGGGAUCUUCCAGGCUCAGUGGGCUGACCUGGAUGUGUCUGCUGUCUGCCAGUACCGGAUAGAAGAUAUCCAGCGAGCGUUCGAUGGGCCCUAUAAGGAGUACCGGGAGCAGGCGAAGAAGUGGGGGCGGUACUCCGAUAAGGUCCCGAGUCCCCGACCCGGAGCAUGCAUCACCAACAGCCACAGGAUGAGCGGUUACAACACCUCCCUCGAGCUGCCCGACAGCACCCUCAACUUCGCCAAGGAGCACCCGCUGAUGAAUGACCUGGUGCAGCCCGUGGGACAGCAGCCAUUACUCAUCCAGAAGAACGUCAACUACACGAGGAUCGUGGUGGACCAGGUCCUGUCCUGGAAUGGGAUUCAGUACACCGUCCUGUACAUUGGGACAGGAGCGGGAUGGCUUCAGAAGGCCGUAAUGAUUGGAUCUCAGGCGCACGUCAUUGAGGAGGUCCAGCUGUUCGAGGAGGCGCAGCCCGUGGAAAGCUUGGCCAUCUCCAAGACAAAGAAACUCCUGUUUGCCGGCUCGCGGAGUCAGGUGAUCCAGAUCCCUGUCAGUGACUGUCAGAAGUAUCAAAGCUGUGCGGACUGCCUGCUGGCCAGGGACCCUCACUGUGCCUGGGCCAACCACGAGUGCUCGGCAAUCGACAGCUUGAUGAAAAAUGCUGUGGUGUAUCAGGACAUAGAAUCUGCCAAUGUUGAUUUGUGCCAAAGGAUGGAGCCUACCAAAGGAGACUCGAGGUCCAAGACCGUCACUGUGGUCGCAGGCACUGACAUCCUCAUGCCUUGUUUGUUGUUGUCCAACAUGGCUGAGCCCAGGUGGCUGUUUGAGGGCCAGGACCUCACCAAGGUUUCCAGCAGAGGCUACGAGAUCCAGUCCAAGGCCCUGCAGAUACUGGGCGUGGGCUCAGAACACGGCGGCAGCUACUCGUGUUACUCAGAGGAGAAGCACGGGCGAGUCCUGAUGGGGAACUACUCGUUGGUCGUGUUCUCCAGUCAAGCCAUGGCCUUGGAGAGCCGCUCAGCGGGCUUCAACCUCGGCUUGGUCUGGCUGGCCGUCCUGAUCCUGGGUGCCUUGAUCCUGGCCUGUCUGCUGGGGACGGUCAUCUACCUGAACCGCAAGCUGAAGGAGCAGCUGGAGAAGAAGGCCGAAGCAAGGGAAGCUUCGGGCUCCCGGGCCACCGAGCUCAUCCUGCCCAAGGAGCUGCCCCGGGGCACCACUUUCAUCCCCAGCCAGACCUCCAGCUCGGACGAGAAGCUGUGGGAGGCACCCUCCUACUACUACUCCGACGGCUCCCUGAAGAUCGUGCCGGGGCACGCCGUCUGCCAGAACGGGGGCUCGCCGUCGCACAACGGCGCGGCCAACGGAAUCCCCGGCCAGCCCCUGCCCACCGCCGUUCAGUCCCCUACCCGCCUCAACUUGGCCAACAUCCGCGGCGCCAACACCAACGGCUACAUCCGGCUGCAGCUGGGCGAGGAAGGGGUCGACCCCUUCUCCGAGGAGCUGAGGAAGAAGCUGAGGCAGCGGCAGAUGUUGCCCGACGCCAACCCCGAGGAGUCUUCGGUAUGACCAGAGGGCGGGGCCCCUUCUCAGCACCCAGCUACCUCAAGUUCCCUGUAAAUAGCAGUGAGGAACCCAACACUGAAACCUUGUACAUAAUUCACGAGGGACGACAUUUAAACGCUUGAGUCCCGAACAAAAACUAACUCCAAAAGACAUACACAGCUAAGUCACCACAGGCUAUAUCUGUGCACUCCCAUUCACUCUUACUGUGGCUGAACUUUAUCCAUACUGUGAACACGCAGAGAGAGACUCGCAGGCUGACGCACGCUUUCCCUUCGUUCCGCAGCUGCUCUGGAUGGACCUGCUGCCUGGUGGUCAGUUUGCAGGUAUCCCCCACCCCUCCCACAGACCAGAGUCAUGCAAAGCCACGGGAGCAGGUGGUGGAUGGUCGUAUGAGCAGCCGGUGCAGAUCACAAGUCCUGGUUAUGCGACCACUGGCGCCAGGCAGACAAUCUCCGAAAUCUUGUAAAGACACUGCCCAGAAGAAGGCAGUGGCAAACCACUUCUGUAGAUAUCUUUGCCAGGAACAAUCAUGGUCAUGGAAAGAUAUCAUACGACACGGCACAUAACGAACGAAUCAUUAAUUGAUUACUCGUGAUCUGCCAGUGGACAAGAGGUUACUGCAGUGACCCCACCGAGAACUCCCCGUUGCCGUGCCACGUUGGGCAGAGUCGCCAGGAUGUCCUCUGGUAUGACAACAAGAGAGACUGGGGCAGACGACACUGGGGGGCAGUGUCUCAUCGGAACGGAGGCCAUCUCCCUCUGCGCAGAAUGGGAUCAUUGAACAGGAGUUGAAUGUGUGGCCAAGUCUGGAUGGAAUGACCUUGCACUUCUUACAGUCCUGCUGGUAAAGAAAAUAGUGAAGAAGUCAGUGUGGUUCAAAUAACAUUGGUCGCCAUAAAAUCGGGCAGCAGACCGAGAAAUUGGAUGCUUUCUAUAUAAAUCAUUGGACAUUCAGAGAGUGAAUGGCUGGACAGGUCUCUACCAGGGGUUAUGGAGCCCUUGUAAAGAAUUACCCUGCCAUGUGGUUGGUGGGAGUUGGUUUGAAAACAGCAUUAAAGGUGGCCCCCAGUGCCCAUGUUCAGUGGACUGGGGCAUGUGCUGUGAACAUUCAAGGAACGUCGAACUUGUUAGUUGCUGUUGUAAUCUACACUCAGUGGCUACUUUAUUAAGUACAGGAAUGGAACCUGGUGUGGUCCUCUGCUGCUGUAUCCCGUCCACUUCGAGGUUCAACCUGUUUUGCUUUAGGAGGUGCCCUUCUGCACACCACUGUUGUAAUGUGCAGUUAUUUGAGUUACUUUCACCUUCCUGUCAGCUUGAACCAGUCAUUUUCUGCUGAUCUCUCUCAUUAAUACAGUGUUUCUGUCCACCAAACUGCCACUCACUGGAUGCCUCUGUGGUAUCUUUUUAAUGCACCAUUCACUGUUAGCCUUGGAGACUGUUGUGUGUGAAAAUCCCAGGAGAUCAGGUUCUGAGAUACUCAAACCACCCCAUCUGGCACCAGCAAUCAUUCCAUGGUCAAAGUCACUUAGAUCACAUUUCUGAUGUUUUGUCUGAACAACAACAGCCUCUUGACCAUGUCUGCAUGCUUUUGUGCAUUGAGUUGCUGCCUUAUGAUUGGCUCUCUGGAUAUUUGCAUUAACGAGUGGGUGUACCUAACGUAGUGGCCACUGAGUGUAUUUAACAAGACAAGGAUAUGUCAGUGCUGUGUGGAGUAAUGUGACAAAAUGAUCUGCACUGUUUGUUGUAGUCAUUUGGAGAAUUGUGAGGAUAGCUGAUAAUUUUUAAAGAGACUGUGGGGAUUGGCUCAGUAUCUGCACAUCCCAAUCACAAUCCAGCCGUGGGAGUGUGCCUGACCCCUCUUUUGUCUUGUUUAAAAAUGUUUUAGUUGUACAUAAUGAUUGUGAAGGUGCGGAGAAGAGGUUAAAGGAGUGAGAUCGUCCUAUGAGGAUGAGAGAAACUGGGGAUUAAGUAUGUGUAAUAUAAAGGAAGAGAAUGUGGGCUACACUCAAAGUAAGACAGUGUCGACAGAGAGAGAGAAAAAUGAGGAACGUUUCAGUUCAGUCAGAAUUAGUGUGGUGUGGAGGUGAGGUUUUAGGAGGAUCGGAGAGAAGGCGAUUAUUUCCUGAGGUCUUGCCCCGAUUCCGCUAAGGGAGGGGGGGUAUUUCUCACCUAUUUGAAUGAAUCGUGGGGGAACAGGAGAGAAGGGUGUGCCGAUGACUUGGAAGCAAUUGGCAAUGAGCGGGAAACGGCAGCAAAGAGGGGGGGGUCGUCCAGCUAGACGCUCUGCAGAGAGGUGGCAGCCUUCAGAGUCACACAAAGCAGCAAAGCUCACACUGACCGGGCCCUGUUGGCCUUGUGUUGGUGUGAGGAGGGGCGACAGAGAAACAAACUCCACGAUCAGUACAAAGUAGCACAUCCUGCUGUUGCGUGUGCCCAGUGCUGUGGAUCUGUGUGUGUGACAUGGUUGUGUCCAAUGUACUUGAAUCAAUCUGCAGGUGAUACACUACUUUCUAAUGUAACUUAUUGAGUUCAGCAUGUAAUUUAAAAAAUGUACAGCCUCUCUGGAAAAAUAUUUAUGAAAGUAUUUUUAUAUCAAUUUAAAGGAUUAAAAUUUAGUAAG